CCUGGGAGUUGUAGUCGCAGUCCUGGGUCGGUGAUAACAAGAAAGAAACUACUUGAAGUCUAACCACCAUGGAUAGCACAGAGGAGAAGACUAAUGAUUACAAAGAUGAUCUUCUGCUUAGGAUGGGACUUAAUGAUAAUAAAGCAGGAAUGGAAGGAUUAGAUAAGGAGAAAAUUAAUAAAAUUAUAAUGGAAGCCACAAAGGGGUCCAGAUUUUAUGGAAAUGAGCUCAAGAAGGAAAAGCAAGUCAAUAAACGGAUUGAAAAUAUGAUGCAACAAAAAGCACAGAUUACCAGCCAGCAGCUAAGGGAAGCACAAUUGCAGGUUGACAGAUUUGCAAUGGAAAUAGAACACCGCCGGGAUUUGAACAAUACCAUAGUGCAUGUUGAUAUGGAUGCUUUCUAUGCUGCCGUAGAAAUGAGGGACAACCCAGAACUGAAGGAUAAACCCAUUGCUGUAGGAUCCAUGAGUAUGUUGUCUACUUCAAAUUACCAUGCACGGAGGUUUGGUGUUCGUGCGGCCAUGCCAGGAUUUAUUGCUAAGCGACUCUGCCCCCAUCUCAUUAUAGUGCCCCCAAACUUUGACAAAUACCGAGCUGUAAGUCAAGAGGUUAAGGAAAUACUUGCUGAUUAUGACCCCAAUUUUAUGGCCAUGAGUCUUGAUGAAGCCUACUUGAACAUAACAAAGCACUUACAGGAAAGACAAAAUUGGCCUGAGGACAAAAGAAGUUAUUUCAUCAAAACUGGAAACUGGGCAGAAAAUGAUGAACCAGCAAAGGAAGCAAAUAAGCUGAGUGAGCACACCGGCUCUGUCUCGCCACUACUUUUUGAAGACAGUCCUCCUGAUUUGCAGCUCCCAGGAAAUCCUUCCCAAGGGAACUCUGAAGAACAGAACAAUCCUCAGAUACCACAAAAAUCAGUUGUUUUUGGAACCUCAGCUGAGGAAGUGGUAAAGGAAAUUCGUUUCAGAAUUGAACAGAAAACAACACUAACAGCCAGUGCAGGCAUCGCUCCCAACACAAUGUUAGCCAAAGUCUGCAGUGAUAAGAAUAAACCAAAUGGACAAUACCAAAUUCUUCCCAACAGACAAGCUGUAAUGGAUUUCAUCAAAGACUUACCAAUUAGAAAGGUCUCUGGGAUAGGAAAAGUUACAGAGAAAAUGUUAAAGGCCCUGGGAAUCAUUACUUGCACAGAACUCUACCAACAGAGGGCGUUGCUUUCUCUCCUUUUCUCUGAAACAUCCUGGCAUUAUUUCCUUCAUAUUUCCCUGGGUCUAGGCUCCACCCACCUGGCAAGUCAUCCUUGUCUUUCUAGGACAUUUAAUGAGAUAAACAAAGCAGAAGAACAGUACAGUUUGUGCCAGGAACUUUGCAGUGAACUUGCUCAAGAUCUCCAGAAAGAAGGACUAAAGGGUCGAACUGUUACCAUUAAGCUGAAGAAUGUGAAUUUUGAAGUAAAAACUCGUGCAUCUACAGUUUCAGCUGUUGUUUCUACUGCAGAAGAAAUAUUUGCCAUUGCCAAGGAGUUGCUCAGAACAGAAAUCGAUGCUGAUUUUCCGUAUCCUUUAAGAUUGAGACUUAUGGGUGUUCGGGUAUCUAGUUUUCCCAGUGAAGAAGACCGAAAACACCAACAAAGGAGCAUCAUUGGCUUCUUACAGGCUGGGAGCCAGACUUCGUCAGCCACUGGGCAUAGAGUUGAGAAAACUGAUAAAGAUCAGUUUGUAAAACCUCUAAAAGUGUCUCAUGAGAAGAGCUUUUUUGAUAAGAAACGAUCAGAAAUGAAAUGGAGCCACCAGGACACACCUCACUGUGAAGCUGUGGAUAGACAAAAUUUACAGACACCACAGCCAUUCCAAGUUAUAAAGGAGACUCAUGAGAAUUUAGAAACAUCAAAGAGUUCGGAGAGCUAUCAGAGGUUUACUUGUCCUGUUUGCUUCAGGGAUCCAGGAAGCAUCAGUCUGGAAGCCUUUAAUAAACAUGUGGAUGCGUGUCUUGAUGGCCCUUCAGUCAGUGAAAACGCUAAGGUGUUCACGUGUUCAUAUGUUUUCUCUGCUGAUAGUAACCAGAAGGAAAACGCACAUCAUUCUUUUUCACUUUGGGAGAAGCAAGAUUUUGAGACUCAUCAGAAAAAUGUAGAAGUCACUUCAGAAGAUUGUGUUGGUGUGGUAGAGACUAGAGAGAGCUCCUCAGAACCAGGAAGUGUGGAACCUUUAAGGAACAAACACAGCGAAGAGGAGCCUUCUGGCUUUCCCACCAGGUCUACUGGGGCUGUUUCUCUAGAAAAUGCAGAUGUUGGGUCAUUAACUGGGCAAGACUCCCACCAGUCUUUUGCAUUUAAAGUGGCAGCUGCCCACACCCUAGUUUGUCCUGUUUGUAAUCUAGAACAAAAGACUUCAGACCUUACCCAGUUCAACAAGCAUGUGGAUGUUUGUUUAAAUAAAGGCAUUAUCCAAGAACUGAGAAAUGAUAGAGUUAAUCUAGUCAACCAAGCCAAGGAAAACUCCAGAAGUACUGGUACCUCAAGCAAAGUACAGAAGACUGUAGCAAAAACAAAGAGGCCAAAACUGAUGACGAAGCAUUCAACAUCAAAGAAAAUAAAGCCAAACAAUCCGAGACAUACCCUUGAUAUAUUUUUUAAAUGAAUUUUGAAUAC